UCGCGCUGUAAACACGACUGACGCUCGGCUGCGUGGCCGAAGCAUCCUCAGAAAGACACCAACACCGAGACCCUUCAGGUUCCCAUGUUUAUUUUUUUCUCCACCGUCGACGGUUUCCCUCAUAUGCGGUCCCGAAAAGCUUCGCGACAGUGCUGCGUCUGUCCUCCCGCGUGCCAUGGCUAGAAAGACGGACAUCCCUUCGUCUUACUACGGUGAACCACGCAAGUUUGACCCAAACUUCAGAGGGCCUAUCCACAACAGGAGCUGCACUGAUGUGGUUUGCUGUAUUAUCUUCAUCAUUGUCAUCCUCGGCUACAUUGCUCUGGGUACAGUGGCCUGGACCCAUGGUGACCCCAGAAAAGUGGUAUAUCCCACCGACAGCCACGGCCAGUUCUGUGGCCAGCAGGGGACCCCCAAUGCAAACAAAGCCAUAUUAUUCUACUUCAACAUGUUGAAAUGUGCCAAUCCUGCAGUUAUAAUUAACCUCCAGUGCCCUACAACCCAGCUCUGUGUCUCCAAGUGCCCUGACAGAUUUGCCACUCUCCUCGAUGUGCAUAAUACUGCUAACUGGGAAUAUUACAAGCAAUUCUGCAAGCCGGGCUUUGACAUUGGUAGUAAGUCUGUUUCAGAGGUCUUAAGAGAUGAAGACUGUCCAUCGAUGAUUGUGCCAAGCAGACCUUUUCUUCAGCGGUGCUUCCCUGAUUUCCUUACAAGAAAUGGAAUUCUAACCGUAGCCAAUCAGACUAUCUUCAAAGAUGGCAACAACAACCAGAGGAGUGUCACUGACCUCAAAGAUGCUGCAAAGGCUGUCACUUCUGCACCCAGAGAGCUCUGGACAGAUAUUCAAGGAGGAAUCAACAGUCUACUAAAUGCCAAAGAAGUCGGCAUGAAGAUCUUUGAGGAUUAUGCAAGUUCCUGGUACUGGAUCCUGAUUGGUCUGGUGAUAACCAUGGUGGUCAGUCUACUCUUUAUCUUACUGCUGCGCUUCACUGCUGGUGUCCUCCUGUGGCUUAUUAUCUUUGGCGUCAUCGGUGUGAUUGGCUAUGGUAUAUGGCAUUGCUACUGGGAGUACAGUGCCCUGAGUGGAAAGCCAGGUGCUAAUAUCACCAUCUCUGAUAUCGGCUUCCAGACGGACUUCAAUGUUUACCUUCAGCUCAGCCAGACGUGGCUCAUCUUCAUGAGUGCACUUUCUGUGAUUGAGGCCAUCAUUCUGAUUGUGCUGGUGUAUCUGAGGACAAGGCUGCGCAUUGCAAUCGCAUUACUCAAAGAGGGAAGCAAGGCCAUCAGCUACAUUAUGUCCACGCUCUUCUACCCCAUCAUCACCUUUUUGCUUUUGGCCAUCUGCAUCGCUUACUGGGCCGUCACCGCAGUCUCCUUGGCGUCAUCUGGUGACGCCGUCUACAAGGUCAUGUCUAGUGACGGUAAAUGCAUGUACGACAACAUCACAUGCAAUCCUCAGAAUUUCUCUCAGACCAACGUUACCAAAGUGUGCCCAGGCUCAAAGUGCAUGUUUGCCUUCUACGGUGGGGAGAGUGUGUACCACAGCUAUGUCCUAGUCCUCCAGUUCUGCAACCUGUUUGUGUUUCUAUGGCUGGUCAACUUCACCAUCGCCCUGGGGCAGUGCACCCUGGCGGGGGCCUUCGCAUCCUACUACUGGGCCUUGAGGAAGCCGGAUGACAUCCCUAACUGCCCCCUAUACUCCUCCUUUAGCAGAGCCAUACGGUAUCACACAGGUUCCAUUGCCUUCGGUUCUCUGGUCCUCGCUAUAGUGCAGAUGGUACGAAUUACGCUGGAGUACCUGGAUCGCAAACUGAAAGGUUCUCAAAAUAAACUCACUCGAUUCCUGCUUUCCUGCCUCAAAUGCUGUUUCUGGUGCCUGGAACAUUUCAUCAAGUUUGUAAAUAGAAAUGCAUACAUAAUGAUAGCAAUAUAUGGGAAGAACUUCUGCUCCUCUGCCAAGGAUGCAUUCUUCCUCUUAAUGAGGAACGUCCUUCGCGUGGCUGUCCUGGAUAAGGUGACAGAUUUUCUGCUGUUCUUGGGAAAACUGCUUAUUUCAGGAAGUGUUGGUGUUCUUGCAUUUUUCUUCUUCACUCGCAAAAUACCACUUGUUCAAGAGGAGGUGCCGUCCCUCAAUUACUACUGGAUACCUCUUGUGACGGUGACACUUGGAUCCUUCCUUAUCACACAUGGCUUUUUUAAUGUCUAUUCCAUGUGUGUGGACACAUUGUUCCUGUGUUUCUGCGAAGACCUAGAGAGGAACGACGGGUCUUCGUCCAGGCCCUACUACAUGUCUCCCAGCCUGCACAAGAUCCUGCGCAAAGGAGAGGAGGGGGCCAAAUUGUGCGCUGCUUCCUGAGCGACGUACAGAUUUGAUUUUUUUUAUUUGAACUGAACUGCUGACUCACUUCUCCAUAUCUAUAAUGCUAUAUGCAUGGGGGUCUGGACUAUCAGAGCGAGGACUGUAGGGCUACACAUCCCCCUCUGGUCCGGGGAUAACCUGGACAUGACAGGACAUGCUUUUAGUUCAGUUCCUUACCAAAAAAAGGCAUGGCAGGCAGACUACGAAAAGACCUCUGUUCACUUCCUUUUUCGAGCCAACUCAGAUUAACUUGCCUUUUUUUCUGCCACACUUACUUUCCUUUUCUUUCUUUUUCUCCUGUGUAUUCUCUGCUGACCUCUGCCUUAUUGAGAGGGUACACAUCACUACGCAGGACGGAUGCACAAGCUGAGACAAAUACAGAACAAGCAUUUCGACCCCUAACUGUUAACGUGGACCUUAAAAUGUACAGUUGGACUUCGGCGUAAGGCGUCACCUGGGACCGCGGUGGACUUACGGGGGCACCCUCUUGUCGCACUUUGGUCUUCUAUUGUAAAAUUCAUGUUUUGUAUGCACUUUCACAUACAGGAAAAGAACCAUGUGAUUUCUUUGGUCUGUCUAGCAUGAUGAUUUGCUGGCUGUCGGUGUUUACCAUGGGUUUUAUCGGUUGCUUUGGUCCACUGUAUUUACGCUAACUCAAACACACAAAGACCCAAAAGUAGUGUGUAUUCUGCACUUAGCAAAACCUUCUCUCUCUUAAUUUAAACGAGUUACACAAUCAUUUCACUCUGUUCAUGGAUGUACUGUAAACCAGAGAGAGACUUCAUGGGAGGUCAAGACUUUCAAGACAUUUUAAGUUUUUUUUUUUUUUUUUUUUUCGUUAUUUUUUUUUUUCCUUGCUUACAACUCAAACAGAACCUGACAAUUUUCAGGAAACUUCUGAAUGCAGCCACUAGUUUAUGUGCCUAGUUGUGAAAAAAUGUAAAAAAAGAAGAAAAAAAAACUUAACAAAAACAGAAAACAAACAAAAAAAAGAUCCUCUUCUUCUGUGGUUUUAGACCUAACACCAGGAACUUUUUGCGAUACAGUUUAUAAAAGGAUGUCAAAGCCAUUUUUGGUAAAUUUUUUAUUGGGUGGUCCAGAUGUAGUGCUGUUUUAAUACUAAGUAUAAUACACACAUCUGUCUGGAGGUUAUUCAGUGUUUCUUUUGUAUAGGAGGUUUUUUUUAUCAAUGAAAUCCAAUGAAAAUGUGAAUCCCUUUUUUGAAUAAAUAUAAAUGGUUUCA